ACUUCCACAUAAAGACAAACGAGCAGACACCUGCCAUCGGUUUCUGCGUAGCUUGCUGAUUCUUUUACCUGUUCAGAGACCAAAUAAGCAAACACUGGCUUCAAUAAGACUCCACGUUACGUAUCUGAUUGUUUUCGCAUGAUACCCAACCAUGGGCUGGCGGCUGUUUGACUGCGCAGACUCUUCAGUCAACUGUAGCGAGAAUAAAACACGGGUUCUUGCAGAUCCAGAUGUCGCAGGCAUUGGAAUCAUUGUCGGCUUCCUAUCCUCGACAUGUCUCGCAUUCUUGAUCGCGUUCACAGUACUGUUUUUAGACCGCUUCAACGACAUCGUCAACUUCUACCGGAGGACUUUCACAAACCGAAAAACAGCGUACGAACAGAACCACGAUGAUAGCACAAAGUACUGGCGCUCGGUCGCAUUCUGGUCGCGUGUUCUGAGCAAGAAUUUGCUUGCCUUCUCAGAUACACAACUACUCACAGGCCUGGCCAUCCAGUUCACCGCGCUGAUCAAGCACUGCUCCAUGUCCGUCUACCACUUCCGUAUCGUUACCGAUCUCGCGUUCCUCACAACUGUGACGCACCUUCUCACCGUGGUGGCGCUGCGCAACUACUUCGUCAAAAACAAGUGGAUCAACCUGCCGCGCAUCUUCUUUAUGCUGGGAAACCUUGGUCUCUUGGGAUAUACAUCGUUCGUGUCGUACUCGUAUGAUAUCGUUCACCUCGACUUAUCAGACGAUCUGGCAUGCUUCUUCAAGGGAGAGCGCCCGCCCUUCAAAGCCGCGUUUGGCGGUAAAUGGGCUGCGCUUCUGAUUGGCGCAAUUGGUGGUCAUGUCACUGUGAUAGCCGCCAUGUAUUGGCUGAAAGACCCCGAUCCGAAUAAGAAAGGCGCAUGGUGGUGGUGGAUCUGGUAUCUGGGCGCAAUAUUCCGCACGUGGAUUGUCGCUCCAGCCUAUUCUAUCUACGGUAUCUACAUGGCCGGCGACGGACUUCAGUACACUCAAGCCUUGGGCAAGCCGCCGGCAGGAGUUGAGAUCGAUGGAGACGAGAGCAAAUGGAACUUUGGACAGUUUCUCCCCGUCCUGUUACUGGCCCUGCCAAUCUUCGCUGGAUGGGAGAGCUUUUGGGAGGAGAAGGAUGAGGAUCGCGAAAACCGAUUCGGACGACAUUUCCAUAGGAAAUCGGGCAACACACUGGCCGCCGAGUCCUUUGUGUUAGAUAUGCAACAAAAGAAGAUCACACAAGGCCACUCAACGGAUCCUUCGACAGAGGAACUGCAAAUCGAAAGCAAUGGUCCGAGUCCGGCCACUACGCCUCGCGUUGCUCCACGAGCUUCACCGCAUCUUCGUUCCAAUUCAGGCGAUACUUCGACCCUACAUCCUUCAUCUGGUUCUGAUAUGCUGUUGUCAGUACCAUUGCCGGCAGCCAGCCCAGGUCUUGAACUCAACUUCAGCAGACCAACUCCACCGCGAAGCCCUCCCGGGAGCCUUCCAAGGCCACGUGGUAGUACGACUUGAGCACAACGCAACACGUUCCUCCUGAACUACUUCAUUCAGCAGCACGCCUUGCUAUCCGAUCUUGUCGCGUAGCUUUUCACGGAAAUCUUAUCCUUUGAGUCUUUCCGCUCGGAAGAGUUGACUGACUAGCUCUUGAGGAUACUGACUGCGUUUACAGCGAUGGCUGUCCAAUCAGUUAAGCUGGUUGCGCAACAGUAAGCUCCAACACACCCAUGCUGAACAUAGCCUCAGUCAGCGAUGCUGUGCCAGCCACCUCACUACACCGCGUCUCAUCGCCAUGGCAAUGGCGCAGUGGACCUGGGUCGUUUGUGUCCUGAUCAGUCGCACUACGCACUGGUUUCUGGCAUUGUAUAACAGGAGUACAGAGGAUCUUGGUGCAAUGAUACCAAGAGGUGCUGGGUUGCGCGA